AUGGCACGAUACAAUGUUGAUAUUCAAUGCCGCGAUGCGAGGUUGAUGCACCGACACGCGCGAGGACGCGCAACGCUGAAUCGCGUUACCAUAACCCGAGUGGUUUUUGCUACCAUUUCCAUUGGGACUCGCUUGCCUGUACUGACACUUUUGGUUCUGCUCGCAGAGGUUUCACCAGACUCCGCUGGUUGUCACAACAAGGAGUGCCGAGACCAUAAUAUUGAGAUUACAAAAGGCGAAAUCCGUGUCGGCACCUGGGUCGAAAAAUUUAAAAGCUGGCGGUGGCGGCACUGGGGCUGCACCACUCCCCUUGUUCUCGCUAAUAUGAUCAAGAACUUGUUCGGAAAGGAAGAAUUGAAAGGUGAUGAAGAUUUUGACCGCAUCGUUGGCUGGAAGGGUUUGUCCAAGACCCAACAAGACGCUGUCCGCAAAGCCCUCACGGAACGCCACAUUCCAGAUGAGGACUGGAAAGGCGAUGUUGAGUGCAAUCGGCCAGGCAAGCGAGGCUUCCGUCUUUCUAAGAAGAAGGCGCGUGCUAAGAAAGACGCGGACGAAUAUUCCCAGUCCAGUGAGGCUGAAGCUGGCGAGAGAACCAAAAUGACUGCUCUUGCUAAGAAGGCUACCGAUGAAAACGACAACAUUGGGAAGUCCCGAAAGCUUAAGCCACAUACCCGUGGCGGGAAGCCGGAGAAGAAGCCAGUGGUCGAUGAUUCAGCCAAUGAGGAUGCUAACCGCUAUGUCCGUGUGGAAGGAAGAUUUUUUAUCACAACCAUAUGCCCUUAUUGUGGAUGUUCAUCUCAAGAGCGAAAGCCUUUUGACACCGCUCAGACACACACGAAAGACGCUUAG